CCUGCGGGACUGGGGCUGGCGCGCCCCAGACCCUGGCCGCGGUGUCUUCAUGAUGACAGCAGCCCCCUGUCGGGAACAGCGCGCACCCGAACAGAAAACCAAGGUCCAGAAUGGGGAGAUGUGCGUGGGGACUCCCAGCGAGGUGGUGGCGGUCAGAACUAAGAAGUAUUCAGAAGCCAAGUCAUGGAUCCACCUGCACGUAAAGAAAAGUCCAAAGUUAAAGAACCUGUCAGCAGAGUUGAGAAGGCCAAGCAGAAAUCAGCCCAGCAGGAGCUGAAGCAAAGACAGAGAGCAGAGAUUUAUGCCCUUAACAGAGUCAUGACCGAACUGGAGCAGCAGCAGUUUGAUGAGUUCUGUAAACAGAUGCAGCCUCCUGGAGAGUGAGCCGCCCGUGUUCAAACCAGAUGGGACCCCUGAGGCUUUGUCUGUGAGCUCAGUACCAGUUUUAAGCUGAGGUGGCCCAUGUGGAGCCUGACAGAACUAGACAAGAAGGCAUUUGUGUUAUUCCUAAAACUGGAUGAAUCUGAACUUCCUAUAUGUAACUUCUGCUUCACUGGUUCCUCCAAUUUGAAUUGGCCCAAUGCUUGCUGAAGAGACUUGUUUUAUUCUCCUAAGAUAAUACUCUUAUUUUUUAGACCUUUUUCUAUUGUUUGAGAAAAAUCAGUGUUUCUUGUGAAACUGUAAAUCUCCAAAAAAAAUAAAAUACUAAUAAAAUGUGCAUUUGCUCAUA